UGCCUGGUUAAUCUCCAGUUUGUACAGCGCCAUCUCUCUCUCUCCCCCUCUGUAGAUGAUGAAGAAAUCCUCUUCGUCUUUGCAUAUUGGAUGGAUGGUUAGGUUAUUGAUUUCUAAACAGCUUUCCAUAUUCAGCAAGUAUAAGCCUCGCCUGAUAUGUAAUAAUCCUUUCUCAAUUGUCUAUUUUUAGCAUCUUUCUCCUUCUCCCUCUCCCUCUCUCUCUCUCUCUCUCUCUCUCUCUGUCUAAACCACCGAUUUUUGGAUCUCCAAGCUCAUCAUCAAGUUUACAUCUCUCUCUCUGCGUGUCUCUUUAUCUAUCUAUCUAUCUGGGCAAUUAAUAGUAAUCAGAAUUCAGCUUGGGUAAGCAAACCCUGUGUAGCAGAGUUUCUAUAUUUAGCAGCCAAAGGCCCCCCAAUUCUGAGCCGUUACGCGACCAUUUCCCCGCUGUACCUUCUAUUCAUAGUAAAUUUCCCUCGUUCCACUCUCUGUCUGAAGUGACUGCGUGCGUUUCUCUGUCCUCAAAUUUUGGACUUUUACGUCAGAGAUCUCAGAGUUCCGAGGGCUCUGUCUUGUGUGGGAGUUCGCCGACUUUUCUGAAGAUUUUUUAGGUCGGUUUCGGGAACUCAUCGGAUAAGGCCGGGGCUAGGGUUUUCGGAUUCUUGAUUCUCUCUUUAUGUGUGGUCGCUCAUCUGAAUUUGGCUCCCUUCAAGUUUGGGGUGUUCCUCAAUAGAAUUUUUGUGAUUUGGCCAUUUUCUGGGCGUUUUCUUGGAAAGUUCGAUGCGGGUCUUGUUUUAAUCAAAUGCUGUGCCUUUUUGUUGCAGUGACUCUCGGGUUGCUUUGGAGACAUCAAAGUUCGUUGUUCUUAUCACUUUCAAGGAUUUGUUCUGUCAGUUGAGGAAGACUGGAGUUAGUUGCCAGAUUCGCUAUCUAUUUAAUUGGUCAGACGAAUCAGGACUUCCUUUUGUUGAUAAUUAGAACAGGGUGAGUUUUUUUUAGCAUAACAGAGUAAAUUAGAAGAGUUUGAUGGUCAGAUAUUGGGUUCUUGGUGUGCAAAUGGAGGAUUUUAGGGACAUAGGAAUUGUGGUGAGCGGGGCUCUAUGAUGAAACUCUAGCGUUCAUUGUUUCAGUUGGUUGAGAUUUUACUUUGGUCCUGAAAAUGGCAUAUCCCUUUUCACCUAAAGAAAAGGUUUCUGAUUAUUGGGCUCCUCCAAAAGCUCAGACAGAAGUUUUACCAUCUGAUGGUAGUGUAAGGCAUUCAAUUCCCGAUGACCCUUUUAAUAAUGUGGCUGAGCUCAUGAAUGUUGAUGCAUAUGCUGGAUGGUGCACCAGCCCCUCAAUGACAGACCAGAUGCUUGCCUCUUUUGCAUUGUCACCCCUUCAGUCAUUGCCCUCAAGUUAUGCGCCCUUUGAUGCAUUGAACUUUGCUGAACAAAAUACUGCUUGCUUCCCUGUGCUUGAUGGUGAUGUUGCGUGGAAUUCUGAUGGCAUUGGAGACAAAAUGAUGUUUCAGCAGAUGAAUAACCAAGGUGGUUGUCUAAUGGAUUCUUCUGGUGAGGAAGACUAUGGUGCUAAAAAAGGUAAUGGUUCUUUUCAGCAAAACAUGUCAGAUAUGGCCAAUUAUGCCAUACCUAGGCCAAUGGCACAAACCCUUGCUGAGAAGAUGCUCAGGGCAUUAUCCUGUUUUAGAGAGUCAUCUGGGGGGGGCAUUUUGGCACAAGUAUGGGUUCCAAUUAGGCAUGGCAAUCAGUAUAUCUUAAGCACUUGUGAGCAACCCUACUUGCUUGACAAUAUGCUGGCAGGUUAUCGUGAAGUGUCAAGGGAAUUUAGCUUCUCCGCAGAAGUAAAACCAGGAUCUUUUCAGGGACUUCCUGGCCGUGUAUUUGUCUCAAAAACUCCAGAAUGGACCUCGAAUGUGGCUUACUACAAGAAGGAUGAGUACUUGCGGGUUGAGCAUGCUGCAGAGCAUAGAGUAUGUGGAUCCAUUGCUUUACCUGUUUUAGAGGGUGACCCAACUGAAACACUGUGCUCUGCCGUGCUGGAACUUGUAACUACUAAAGAGAAACCCAAUUUUGAUUCAGAGAUGGAGAAAGUAUCUCGCGCACUCCAGGCUGUGAAUCUACGGAGCAGUCUACCUCCGAGGCUCUAUUCCCAGUGCUUGUCGAAGAAUCAAAGGGCUGCUUUAGCUGAGAUAACUGAUGUUCUACGAGCUGUUUGCCAUGCACACAGGUUGCCUCUUGCUCUAACAUGGAUUCGUUGUAGUUAUGAUGAGGGAGUUGAUGAUGAAAUUGUAAGAGUACGUGUUAGAGGCUGUAAUGCAAACUCAAAUGAAAAAUAUAUAUUAUGCAUUGAGGAUACAGCUUGCUAUGUGAAUUGUAAAGAGAUGCAAGGGUUUGUGCAUGCAUGUGCUGAACAUUGUCUUGAGGAAAGGCAAGGAAUAGCUGGAAAAGCUCUACAAUCAAAUCAGCCCUUCUUCUCCCCUGACGUAAAGAUGUAUAGUAUCAGUGAUUAUCCACUUGUCCAUCAUGCUCGCAAGUUUGGCCUGAAUGCUGCUGUUGCAAUCAAGUUAAGGAGCACCUAUACUGGGGAUGAUGACUAUGUACUGGAGUUCUUUCUCCCUGUAAAUAUAAAAGGGAGCACAGAACAGCAACUCUUGUUGGACAACCUAUCAUGUACCAUGCAAAGGAUCUGUAAGAGUUUGAGGACAGUUUCUGAUGCAGAAUUAGUUGCAGAGGGUUCUAAAGUUGGAUUUCAGAAGGGAUCUGUUUCCAACUUCCUGCCUAUUGCUUUUUUAAGAAGCACCUCUCAACAGGGAGCAGGUAGUGAUUUAAAUUCUGCUUACCAGAUGGCACUGGAUGUGUCUGACACAAGAGCUGCUGCAUCAGAAUCAGUUGGUCCUUGUGAGCAGAUGAACGGAUCAAGGAAAGUGACUGAGAAAAAGCGGAGUUCAGCAGAGAAGAAUGUGAGCUUAAGUGUUCUUCAGCAAUACUUUUCAGGGAGUCUUAAGGAUGCUGCCAAAAGUAUUGGUGUAUGCCCUACCACACUCAAGAGGAUAUGCAGACAACAUGGGAUCUCAAGAUGGCCAUCCCGCAAAAUCAACAAGGUGAACCGUUCUCUUAAAAAAAUACAGACUGUCCUCGACUCUGUUCAGGGAGUUGAAGGUGGGCUGAAGUUUGACCCUGCAACUGGGGGUCUGGUAGCUGCAGGCUCCAGAAUCCAAGAUUUUGAUGCUGGAAGAAGCAUUCUAUUUUCCAGGGAAAAUAUUUCUGCUAAAAGUCCUGAAUCAACCACCCAAGAUAUAUUGUCUGCCCGUCCAAACUCUUAUUUUGACGUUGGGAAUUCAGUAGUGAAAUUGGAAAAGGAGUAUUACACGGAUGGGAACCAAGUAGGACUACCAGGGAGCCUGUUAACACCAAAUAAGGGAGAAAAUAGUUCUGACAUUCUGUCAAGUGACUGUUGUGAUGACUCCAAAUCACCAACAUUAGAUGCUAGACCAUUGCAGUCAGCAAGUCUGGAGACUCCAGCCUGGACCUCUUCUGAGAAUGCCAGCUUGGGUUCUUUCUUUGUAAAAGGAGGAAACAGAAACUGGGGUUUAACCAAGAGUGUAUUGAAACCAGAGAAUUCAGAUUCCCACGUUGUUUAUCGCAGCUCGAGCUCCAUAGCUGUCACUGACGAGAUGAACCAUGGUACUGGAAUUGAAACUGAGAAUGGGAAUCUUGACCAUAACCAAGCCACUUCCUCAGGCAUGACAGAUUCAUCAAACGGGUCUGGCUCAAUGAUGCAUGAAAGCUCAUCAAGCUCUCCCAGGUUUGGUGGAGGGAAACAUACUAAAAUAACAAGUUCUGGAGACAGUGGGUCAAUAAUCACCGCAAAAGCUACUUAUAAAGAAGAUAUGAUCAGGUUCAAAUUUGAUCCUUCUGCAGGGUGUAGCAGUCUAUAUGAAGAGAUUGCAAAGAGGUUCAAAUUGCAAACAGGGGCAUUCCAGCUCAAGUACCUGGAUGAUGAAGACGAGUGGGUGAUGUUGGUAAGUGACUCCGAUUUGCAGGAGUGCCUUGAGAUAUUGGAUAUUGUUGGCUCUCGGAGUGUGAAGUUCUUUGUCCGCGAUGUUCCUUUUGCCAUUGGCAGUUCUGGCAGCAGCAGUUGCUUAUUGGCAAGAGGUUCUUAGGAUCAUAGAUACCAAAAUUCUCAACUUCUGGUAUAUCUCUCCUUCUUAGCAAGUUACCAUGGCAGGCAAUUACCACCAUUUCCAUUUCCUGCAGUUCUUGCUGUUACCACUCAUUGCAUGGGGCAUCCAUCCCCCCUUCUUUCUGCUUAAUCACCCAUCAACUGAUUACAGCUUCAGUUUGCGACGAUGCUUUAUGCAGUGAUUGGUUCAUACAAAUAUACUGAAAUGGUAGGGUUGGAAGAGAAUUUAUCAGAACAGAGCUUCAGAUAAAAAAUGGUGUAUUUAUGCCUCUGUUGGUCCUUGCAAGGAUGGAAAAUGGAACCAAAGCAGUUGUGCCAAAUGUAUAGGUCUGUAAAUGCUAGAAGCAGCUAUGAAAGUUGUGAUAGUUCAAUGCCUCCUAUAUAUGGUUGCUCUUUCUGUAGCUUGUAUAAUAUCUUAGUUAAACUAAUAUAUUAUAUUUGGAAAGCAGGAUGCUUUUGAAUUUUACAAUGAGUUACAUGUAGUAGUAUGCUGAUUUAAAUGAAAUUUCUACAGGAGUAUGUCCCUUGCAA